GUCUCUGCCCCGGUGUAGAUUAACUCGCAGCUGUUCCUCUCGAUUAUAUUGUGUGGGGCCCAUACCGCUGUGCUUCCCUCUUGGACACUCUGAACACAGACACCGACGAAGCCAUGGCCGUGGAAAACUACGACAUUGUUAUUAUUGGCGCGGGCCCCGUCGGCCUUUGCCUCUCAACAUGCUUGUCAAGAUGGGGCUACAAGAUCAAGCACAUCGACAACCGAGCAGAGCCUACCCCUACUGGUCGAGCAGACGGUAUCCAACCGCGUUCCCUGGAUCUUCUGAGAAACAUGGGCCUCAAGCGAAAGAUUAUGGAGUACGAGCCGGCCAAGGUGUACGAGGUUGCUUUCUGGGAUCCAGCCCAGAAGGGUAUCGUCAGGACCGGCACAUGGGCUAGUUGCCCCAAGUUCAUCGAUGCCCGGUAUCCCUUUACCACUCUGCUCCACCAGGGAUUGAUCGAGCGAACCUUUAUCCAAGAUAUCGAGAAGAACGGUACCAAGAUCCAGAGGCCGUGGACGAUCAAGGGAUUCAAGAACGAUGGCAAGGACAAGACGUAUCCCGUUGAGGUUCAACUGGCCCAUGUAGAUGGAACGGUUGAGGAGACUGUUCGCGCAAAGUACCUCUUCAGCGGAGAGGGUGCAAGGAGUUUUGUCCGAGAACAGCUGGGUAUCAACAUGAUCUACAAGGACCCUAUUGCACACGUCUGGGGAGUCAUGGACGGCGUCGUCAGGACAAACUUCCCUGACAUCAAGAUGAAAUGCACCAUCCACUCGGAUGCCGGCUCCAUCAUGAUUAUCCCUCGUGAGGACAACAUGGUACGCUUGUACAUCCAAGUUGCCUCUUCGACCGACAAGGACUGGGACCCCCGCAAGUCUGCUACUGCAGAGGAGGUUCAAGCCCGCGCCAAGGAGAUUUUCAAGCCAUACACAAUCUCAUGGGACCGUGUCGAAUGGUACUCUGUCUACCCCAUUGGCCAGGGUAUUGCUGAGCGCUACACCCUCGACGAGCGCGUAUUCAUGGGCGGUGAUGCCUGCCACACUCACAGCCCCAAGGCGGGUCAGGGCAUGAACACUGCUUUCCUGGACGCCGUGAACCUUGCCUGGAAGAUUCACCAUGUCGAGAGCGGAUGGGCACCACGAUCGAUGCUUUCCACAUACGAGUCGGAACGCAAGCUGAUCGCAGAAACCCUUCUCGACUUCGACGCAAAGUACGCCAAGCUCUUCUCCACCCGUCUACCCUCAGCAGGCGAAGUCGCCGGUGCCUCGGCCAAGGAAACACCAGAGGACAACGAGUUCAUCAAGACCUUCAAGGCCAGCUGCGAGUUUACCAGCGGAUACGGCGUCGCCUACAAGCCCAACGCAAUCAACUGGGGACCCGAACACGCUGCACAACACCCACUUAUCCUGUCAUACCCAGAAGGCACCACUCAACGGACAGGCAGGAUCUUGACGCCGUCCACCGUCACACGAGUUGUCGACGCCAACGUCGUGCACCUCGAACAAGAGAUUCCGCUGAACGGCUCGUACCGCGUUUUCAUCUUCGGCGGCAGUCUCGACAAGAGCGCUCGGGCGCUCAAGGACCUCGCCACAAACAUGUCGUCUCCCAACUCCUUUUUCAGCACAUUCCUGCACAAAGACCUCAAGGACAAGGACCGCUACCACGAGCACCACAACCCACACACCGACUUCUUGUCUCUUGCGCUCAUCUUCUCCGCGCCACGGUCAAGCAUCCACAUUGACGAGCAAUUACCCCAGCCGUUUGCCCGCUACGCCGACCACGUCUACGCCGAUGACGUCUGUGACCAGAGGGUUCCUGAUGCCAAGGCUGCUGCCCACGCCAAGAUGGGCCUUGAUCAGGAGAAGGGUGGUGUAGUCGUUGUACGACCCGACGGCUACGUCGGUGUCGUCGUCAAGCUUGAGGAGGGCUCUGGCACCUGCGAGGCUCUCGACAGCUGGUUUGGAUCCGUCACGGGAAAGAAGCUCGGUGGCGAGCGACCCAGCUUGUAG